CCAGCCAGAUUAGAAGGGUCUUGGAUUCCUUUGUAAGGCGCAGCAAAAAAGACAAUCAGAUACAAUAUCAGGGAUCUUCUGGUAAGGCUUCUGGCUACCAUUAGUUCUGAAUACUGAGAAUUUGAGGAGAAAAAUGGCUGUGAGUUUUGAAAUGUCUUUGAGAAUUUCUUGGAUUUGUUGCCUGCUAAUUGGAGGGAUAACCUGUUAUCCUCCACCUAAAGGUAAUUAUAGAUAUAUUCCCCAAAAUCAAUUAAAAGGAAUUGGCCACAAAGCAGCGGUAACUACCGGAUCCCGUGCCUCGGCAGGUGAAGCUACCGGAUCCCGUGCCUCGGCAGGUGAAGCAGCCUCCCGUAAUGCCACUGCAAGCGUCACGACUGGCCCAAAUACCUUAGGUGGAGCAACCGGAUCCCGUGCCUCAGAAGCAGUCACCCACAAUGCCUCAGCAAGCGUCACGACUGGCCCAAAUACCUUAGCUGAAGCAACUGGCCACAAUGCUUCAUCAAGCGCCACGACUGGCCCAAAUGCCUUAGGUCAAGCAGCUGGCUAUAGUGCCUCGGCAGAGGAAGCAACUGGCCACAGUGUCGCGCAAGCGGCCACCCAUAAUGCCUCGGCAAGUGUGGCAACUGGCCCAAAUACCUUAGCUGAAGCAACUGGCCACAAUGCUUCAUCAAGCGCCACGACUGGCCCAAAUGCCUUAGGUGAAGCAACUGGCCAUGGUGCCUCGGCAGCGGAACCAACUGGCCACAGUGCCAUGCAAGCGGCCACCCAUAAUGCCUCGGAAGUGGCCACCCAUAAUGUGUCAGCAAGCGUCACGACUGGCCCAAAUACCUUAGUUAAGUCAAGUCGGUACCUCAUCAAAUCUGGUUCAAAUGCCUCGGCGGAAGCCACAGGCGCCCUUGCCUCGGCGGAAGCCACAGGCGCCCUUGCCUCGGCGGAAGCCACAGGCGCCCUUGCCUCGGCGGAAGCCACAGGCGCCCUUGCCUCGGCGGAAGCCACAGGCGCCCUUGCCUCGGCGGAAGCCACAGGCGCCCUUGCCUCGGCGGAAGCCACAGGCGCCCUUGCCUCGGCGGAAGCCACAGGCGCCCUGCCUCGGCGGAAGCCACAGGCCUUGAACAGGAGGGCCAACUCCUCAAGCAACAUGGAUUUUAGCAGCAGUGGUGUUUCUCAGGAUUUUGGGUCUGAUGGUGACAAUGAAAGCACCCAAUGUCUCAGCUCCAGCAGCGUUCAAGGCAGCAUCGUUGAAUAG